GUAGAGGUCCAUGAGUGAGUGGCAUCGAUCUGACUGGCUGGCGUCACUUUGAAUGAAUCGACUAAGCAACCACAUCGGUCAAUCGAUCUUCCCAUCAUCCUACCCAACCCACCCCAUUCAAUAUUGGCAUGCAGUAUUUCCAUACAUGCAGUAUUUCCAUACUCCUGCAUGCAGUCAUGCAGUCGUGACUGCAUUGCCCACACACACGUACCACACACACGCGCAUACGCAUACGGGCGGGCAGCUAUACUACGGCCAGACUUGCUCCUCUCAGUGGGUGGAUGAGUCGCUACGCAUCGACCCCACCGGCCUCGGCGCCACCGGCGAGUCCCCUGAGGCAGCAGGGGCUGCCGCUACUGCGGUGUCCGCCUCCUCGCCAUCAUCUGCAGGCUCCUGGGGCUGCUGCUGCUGCUGCUGGUGGGUGUAGGCGCCUGUGUCGCUUUGGUCCUGCUGCUGCAUGAUGGCCAGGAGGUUGUCGCGCAUGGCAUCCACCUCCACCGACAGACUCUUGCGUUUCCCGUGGCCGCUGUGGGCAGCCCCUGGAGAGUCUGAUGGAUGGACGGUUUGGGGCAACAAACACACGUACAACCCAUAUAUAUCAAUGUGGGCUCUCACCACAUCUCGUGCUUACUCGUCAGGUCGUAUGGUCUGCGGAUGGACUCCUCGUCUGAGCCCCGAUGGACGUUGGAGCUGAGCGAUGCGCGAGGGAGGUGGGGCACCAGAGCCAUCAAGCUGGGCACACCGACAGACACCGAGAGAGAGACACAUACACGUACGUCAAUAUCCCCACCCACUUCUCUCCCACCUGAUGAGUUCGUUGGUCCUCCGUUCCGCCAGGCGGCGCAUGCGCGCCAGCUGCUGCAGCAGCUGCUCCUCACGCUCAUUCUCCUCACUAACCCUCACCCCACCAUUGCCUUUCUCCACCACCUGCGCCCCGGGCGACCGUGGGCCGUGCUCACGGCCGGCCAUGGCCAUCUUGGUUGGCCUGCCUGUGGGCGUCUUGGGCCGCGACUUGCCGUCGGCCUGUUUGUGUGAGUGUGUGGGGACGAGCCGGGAGCUGUGUGGGCCGGGUGGCUUGGGAGUGCGGCCGGUGAGGGAGGUCAGCUGGGCGGGCGUGAGGGGGGGCAGAGAGGGCAGGUAACUGCACACACACAGAUUGCAGGCAGAGGCGCAAGCAAGCGAUGGAUGGAUGGAUGGCUGCAAUCUACCUGUUGUCAUGGUCGAGUGGCUGGUCAUGGUCGUCGGACUGCGUGAUGGCCGCCCGCAGGUCAGCGAGCACCCUGAACUCCUGCAGAUCGUUCUCGAGCAUGGCGCACCGAUCCUGCAGCGCAUAGUUGGCCUCUUGCAUCGCCCGCAUCUGGUGUGCACACACAGUCAACAAACACAUCAGCCAGCCAUGCAGAGCGUGAAACGGGCAACGAGCGAGAGACGUGGGCAGGGCACGUGCCGACCUCGUCUUUGAGUCUGUGUAGGUACUGUAUCCUCUGUGCCGUAUUAGAGUGGCCUGACAGCCUGGCGUUGGCGGCCUCCAUCUCGUGAACACGCUCCAGGGCCUGCUGCAGACGGGCGCUCGCACUACACACACACACACACACACACACACGUGUGGGUUUGGCUGCUUUGUGUGGGGGGGGGGGUCCGCGCACCGGUCUCUGUCGGCUUUGGCGUGCCCCAGCUGGACCGAGAAGAUCUGUGUCUGCUUCACCAGCGACAGGCUCUGCUGACGAAGCUUCUGCACAUAUGUGACAGCAACGCCGGACGGAAAGCAGAGUACACGGAUGGCUCGUGUGUGUGUGGGGAGGGGGGGCGGGUGGUUUGUUGACCUCUAUUUCGUCCAUGAGUUCCUGCUGGUCGGUGCGCUGCUGUGUGAAGCGCGCCAAACGCCGCUCGUACUCUACGAUCGUACGCUGCACACACACACACACACAGCCACACCAACCAAUGCGCCAAUGUGCCUGUGUGUGUCUCCUGGCUCCUUACGUCUUUUCUGUCCAUGGCGACGCGUGCGUCGUCGAGGCGUCUGUCCAUCUCGGCCUCCUUGUCCUGACCCCACGACACACACCACAGACAAGCUGAGCUGGCUGCCCCCGCUCUCCCCUCCAGCUGUUCAUUCAUCGCAUCCACCCUGCCACCCACCGACCUGUAGGGCCUUUUCGGCGUUGAUGACGACCGACUGCAGGUUGGCGUCCUUCUCGCUGAUCGUUUGCUGGACCCAUCCACCCAUCCAAUACCUCCAAUGAAUGCAGCGGUGUGUGUGUGUGUAUUGUGUGUGUACCUUGAGCUCGGCCUCGAGUGCCCUGAGCGCCUCCUCUGUCUUGCUGAGGCGGUCCGCCAGGCCGUCGGCCCUCUCCCUCUCCAAAUGCAACUCAUUCUAGCAGACGCACAGCCACAUAACACCAUCACAGCACGGCACAGUGGUGCAGUCCGGUGGGGUUCACAGUGCGCUACUCACCUCUUUGUUUACGAUUUGCAGCUGCAGGUCUUGCGUCUCGUCGACCUUCUCCGACAGCAGGUUGCCCAGCUCAUCCACCUCCUCACACUCGUUGUCCAAAUCCUGUAUAUGUCCACACACACACAUUCAUGUGUGUGUGUGUGUGUAUGUGUGUGGAGGGUCUUUGACUACCGCCAUGAGUUCCUGGUAUAGUUUGUUUUUGUCUUCCUCUGCCUGUUUGGUGAGGUUGAGCUGUUCCUCCUUGAUGCGGACCUUCUCCCUCAGGUCCUCUAUCAUCAUGUCCUUCUCGCGCUCACGCUCCUCCACACCCCUACACACACACACACACACGCGCAUCGAAGCCUCUGUGUGUGUGCGGCUUGUGUCUGUCCGUCCAUACUCUUUUGUGUCUAGUUCUAUCCUGAGGCUGGCCACUUCGAGAGACCGACGGCGGCGACGCUCACGCUCCUCCUGCACACAUGAUACACACACACCGACACACACAUGUAUUGUAUAUGUCCACACAGGUCGGUGGGGUGGAAGGGAUGGGUGUGCGUCCCUUGCUCACCUUGACAGCAUGCGAUAGCUGCUGCACCUUGUCGAGCUCCUGUAUUAUGUGAAGACACACGGGGGCGCACACACACCCAUGCAGUGCAGUGCAGGUGGGCUCAGGGCGUGCUUUUCAUGGCUUGUCGUGGCUUGUGUGGUGUUUACGGCUUCCUGCUCUGCGAUUUUGUUGAUGAGUUUCUUGAUCUCACUCUGUGCCUCGCACUCGCGAUCGCGCGCCUCUGCAUGGGGGCACACAGCGACAGCCACAUACUCACAGAGUGGAGUGAGGAGGCGAUUCCACACACAAAGGCUCCCCGACCGACCGUGCAGUUUGGCCCUGGUGGCGACAGCGUCGGCCUCGGCCGCACCCCUCGCCGCACGCACCGACUCCAACUCACUGCAGCAAAGACACAUCCAUCCAUCCAAAGCUCCAGCCAUCCGUUGGCCAAGUCUCACAUAUGACACUCCUACCUCUGUGUGGAUCUGAGUGUGUCCUCGAGUGUCUCCGUCUGCGCCUUGAGGUCGUCGUGGGCCCGGUGCAGCACCGCCAGUGCGCUCCUCUCGCUCUGCAGGUCCUCCUUGGCUGUCCUCAGCUCCCACUCCACCUCUGCCAGCACUGCAGUGAUCUCCUGCUUGGCCGCUCGGGUGUCCGACAAUGUCGACGACACGUGACUCAGCUCGCUGAUCGACGCCAGGGAGGGGAGAAUCGAUGGCAUACACACACACAUACAUAGAGAGAGAGAGAGAUGCUGGAACAGGAUGAUUCCUUACUUCUUGAGUGCCUCCAUGUCGAUUUCCUGUCGGUCCCGGGCAUGCUGCAGGUCGAUCUGCUGCUCGGCCUGGUGGUGUGUACACGCACGUGGACACGUGCUUGUGCAUUGCCAUGUGCAUACCAGUAGGUUCUUCUCGUUCUGGAGCCUCCGAAUCUCACCCUCCUGCUCAUCCUGCACACACACACACACACACACAGGCCGUCUGAGAGCUUUCCUGUGUGUCCCCAUUCCACUGACUCACCCGGACUUCCUGCAGCAGCUGGCACUCUCUGGUGAGGUUAUCGCGCUGGCUCUCCACAGUCGAGAGGCUCUCGCGCAGCCCAGCCAACUCCGACAGAUACCCAUCCCUCUCACUGCAGGUGGUGACACACAAAAGGGCCUACGAUAUGUGUGUGUACGCGUCUCUGUCUGUCUGCCUGUGUAGCCAAUCCAUGCGCUGCGUACCUCUCGUGCUGUGUCUUGAGCUGCUCCAUCUGUCGGGCCUGAACGAGGGAGACAGACGGGCAACACAACACAACACAACACAACACACAUCUAUCUCUCUUUUUGUGUGUCGAUUCAGUGCCUAUCUGCAGACAUACCAGGUCGGCAUGCUCAGCCUGGCUGGCCUCGAGGCUCCUGCAUUCAACGAUGGCACGUACACGCAGUCUGUGUGUCUGCUGCUGGUCUACACAGACGACCACCUUGCGAGUUCUUCGUGUGCUGCUUGUGUGUCGGAGAGGCUCUCGCGCAGACCUCCAAUCUCCGACUCGUACGCAUCCCUCUCACUACACACACAGAGGUAGGGAGUGCACAGAAGCUGCUCUGCUUUGUGGUGGCCGUGUGUCGAUCGGCAUGGAACCUGUCGUAUUGUGUCUUGAGCUGCUGCAGCUGCUGAGCCUGCAAAACAAAAGGGGAGAACAGAUGUGCAUGGCGCUGGUGUGAUGGGUCCAUCCAUCCAUCCACUCAUGUUUGUGCAUACCAAGUUGCCAUGGUCGGAUUGACUUGCCUCGAGGCUCCUGCAGCCGACAAUGGCACAUACACGUAGUCUGUCUCUCUGUGGCUUCGUGGUCUGCAUACAAAUUACAUACCUGAAGAGCUCUUCUCUUGUACUCUGCAUCUGCGACAGGCUGUCGCGCAGGCUCGCAAUCUCCGACAGAUACCCCUCCUUCUCACUGUACACACACACACACAGGCAGUGCACAAAGGCCGGGCGCCCUCUUCUGGAUCCUCUGUCCACAUACCUGUCGAAUUGUGCCGUGAGCUGCUGCAGCCGCUCGGCCUGCAAAAACGGGAGAACACAUUGGCAGCAACACAGCCAAAUGUGCAUAGCUACAUCCAUCCAUCCAUCCAUGUGUGUGUGUGUGUCAGUGUAAUCCCGGAGUACCAGGUUGUCGUAGUCGGCUUGGCUCGCUUCGAGGCUCCUGCAGUCGAAGGCACGUACACGUCGAUGAUUCAUUCUGACCUCUCGUGUGUGUCUGUGGCUGGUCUGCAGACCUGGAGAGUUCUUCGCGUGCCGUCUGCAUCUUGUGGAGGUUUUCGCGCAGCCCUCCCAUCUCCGACUGGUAUCCAUCCCUCUCACUACGUCCACAUAGACACACACACAAACACACAGAUGCAGCUCGCUGCCUUCUUUGCGUCUAUGUCUGCGCGCGCACCGCUCGUGUUGUAUCUUCUGCUGCGCCUGAAAGAGGGAGAGAGAGAGAGACAGGGAGAGAGGGAGGGAGGGAGAGGGGGAGGGCGACACAGACGCCAGUGUCUGUCUGUCCCUGUAGGGGUACAUAUGUGCUACGUGAAGGCACACCCACCAGGAUGACACACUCGGCUUGACUGUCGUCGAGACUCCUGCACGCAGCACACACACAACGCAGAGAGUUGCAAAGUCUCGGUCACUAUGUGUCCGUCAUACUUCUGUGUGGAUCUGAGUGUGUCCUCGAGUGUCUCCUUCUGCGCCUUGAGGUCGUCGUGGGCCCGGUGCAGCACCGCCAGUGCGCUCCUCUCGCUCUGCAGGUCCUCCUUGGCUGCGGUGAGCUCCGUGUGCAUCUCCUGCUUGGCCGUUCGCGUCUCCGCCAACUCGCUGCACACAAACCCAUACACACAGGGGUGGGUGGGGUGAAUGGGGUGGGGUGCUCUUGUGCUCACCUUUUGAGCGCCUCGAUGUCGGCCUCUUGACGUCCACAUGUGUGCUGCAUGUCGAUCUGCUGCUCGGCCUGGUUGGAUGGAUAAAGAGUCAAUGAAUGCCAGGGAGGGAGGGAGAGAGGGACGGAUCUAUGGGCGAAAAGGUACCAGUAGAUUCUUCUCGUUCUGGAGCCUCCGAAUCUCACCCUCCUGCUCAUCCUGCACACACACACACACACACACACACACAUAGGCCGUCUGAGAGCUUUCCUGUGCAUCCCCAUUCCACUGACCCACCCGGACUUCCUGCAGCAGCUGGCACGCUCUGUUGAGGUCAUCGCGCUGGCCUUCCACAGUCGAGAGGCUCUCACGCAGCCCAGCUAUCUCCGACAGAUACCCAUCCCUCUCACUGUACCCAGCCAGGGUGUCAUUUUCAUAUAUAGAACCCUUGCUCUGACGUGUGGUCUCACUUUCUGAGUCCUUCGAUGUCGGCCUCGUGGCGGCUACAUGUGUGCUGCAGGUCAGUGUGCUGGUCGACCUGGUUGGACGAUGAGUGGAUAAGGGGGAGGGAGAGACACGUGUGUGUGUGUGUGUGUGUCACGUCUGAGCGCAUGAAUGACCUACCAGUAGGUUCUUCUCGCUCUGCAGUCUCCCCAACUCGCCCUCCUGCUCAUCCUACACACACACAACACACACACAUACACACAUUAUGUGCAGAGAAAGAGUAAGGAAACGGUGGGUGUCCUAUUGACUGACCCGGACUUCCUGCAGGGCCUGGCACUGCUUGGUGAGGGCAUCGCGCUCACUCUGGACCUCUGCUAUGUUCUCCUUUAGGGCAGCCACCUCCGAUAGAUACGCAUCCCUCUCGCUGCACGCAGCCAGAGGGGUGAAAACACACACACACAUAGAGAGAGAGAGACAGUGGCAUUCAUUUCGGUGGGGAUGGUCGGCGGCCUGCCCUGCAUGCCUGGCAACUUCUCUCCGCAGCGUAUCCCUUUCGGCAGCCCGGCUCUCCACCUCAGCCAACGCGGCCCGCAACUGCUCAUCCUGACAGAGACCCGCACAGACACACAGACAGACAAAGACGGACACGUCAAGUGUGUGUCGGCCCAACGACAUACACGUGUGUGUGCAUGUGGUGAGUGUGGUGUCGUCGAUUGCCGCAAGCAGGUCGGCAGCUAUCUGAGUGAAUCGCGUGAGUUGCGUGUUUACUUGGUGCUGGCGAGCCGCCGUCAGCUGCUGCACGUCGGCCUCGUGACGCAGCCUGGCCUCCUCAGCGUCACGCAGCUGCCUGUGGACGGACCGACGGACGGACGGAUGGAUGGACAGAGACAUCAAUGUGUGGGUGAUGAUAUGUGUGUGCGUCCGUCCGUCCGUCCAAUCAUCUCACGUUUGCAGGGACUCCGCCAGUGCGCAUUGCUGCUGCAGAUCGCUCUCUAGCGAGGCCACACGAGCCACCUGAUGGAUGGAAGGCAGAACAACACAGAACACACACACACACACCGCUGUACAGUCAGUCAUUGGGAGGAGAUUUGUGUGGGUGGGUGUACCAGUUCCUCAGCCGACUCCUUGCUCGACUCCAGCUCCCUCCCCGCCUCACUCAGCUCACUGCGACCACAUAGACCACACAAUAUACAGCCCCCGAACGCGCCACUACUUCUCCCUCUCUCUCUCUCUCUCUCCCUCUGCCUUAGCACGUACAUGGUGAUUGCUGCGAUUCUGUCAUUGCAGGCGUCCCGUUCGUGUGUGAGGUCGGUGAUAUCGUGUCUCAGAUUGGCAGUGAGCGCCUGCUCGUCGGCGAGUGCCUGCAGCUGGGUGUCGAGGCUCUCCUUCAGGUGCGCCAGCUGCUGCUGCAACUCGCACUCAACGGAAGACUUCUCACUCGCCUGAAGGAAAAACAAACAAGAGGGAGGGAGGGAGGGAGGGAGGAUGGUUGCAGGGUCUCAGGGGUGGAACGGGUGGCUGUGGCUGACGAGUUUGUCUAUGGCGUCUUGUUUGUGGUAGAGUGCCCCCUCGAGACGGGCGAUCUGCGAGCUCUUUUCGGGGGUGGACAAGACGCACGCAAAAAAGAGGGACGUGGUGGCAUGGGCGACACUGUGUGUGUGUGUGUGUGUGUGUGUGUUGUGUGUGUGUGUGUGUUUGCUUGGAGGGGCGCUUGCCUUGUCUUUGAUGAGUGUGUCCUGCGCGUCUAUGUCGGCAUCCCACUUGGCCUUGGCAGCCUGUGCAUCGAGAAAGCGGUGGUACUUGAACGUCAUUCAGUGUGGGGGCGAUAUAUGCAUACGGCGAGUUGGUGUAGCUCCUCCUGCAUGAGUUUCUGCUGCUCUCGCAACUCGCGCAGCGACUCGCUCUGCCUGCACCACACACACACACACACACAUGAAAGCGGCCAUGGCCACCACAAAGCCGUCGGUUCUUUGUCUGUGUGCCGCCCGCACGUGUGUAUUUGCUGCUCGAGCUCCCUUCUGCGGCGGUUGUUGUCGCUGAUCUCGUGCAGCAGCCCAGACGUCACGUCCACCUUGUACUCCAACUCGUCAUGCAACGCGUCGAUCUGCACACACACACACACACACACAUCCAUCCAGAGAGGUGCGGUGUCACACAUACCUGUGCCUGUGUUUGUUUGAGCAGCUUCUCCAUUCGCUCCAGGGCCGCCACCUUGUCCGCCAACUCCGAACGCAGACCAGCGAUCUCAGCGCCCUUCUGCAAGAGAAACCGAAACACCCCAACCAAUCAUGUCAUGUGUAUGUUUGAUGUGGUGUGAUGGGACGCGUUUACCUGCUGCAUCUUCCUGUUGAAUGUGUCGAUCAUCUCCUUGGCUCGCUUCUCGUCCUUGGCCUGCGCACCCAAACCAGCACAUACACACACACCUCUCUCUGUGCGUUUGUGUGUGUGUGUGUGUGUCUUUGUGUCUGUGUGUCUGUGUACCUUUUCUGCGUUGAGUGCCUCCAUGAGCGCUGCGAUGUCGCUGUUCUUGAGGCGGAUGAUGUCGUUGAGACGAGCUACCUCGGCCAACUGACGCGAACAAUCCUCCGUCAGCUAUAGUAACACACACACAUACACACAGAGAGAGGGAUGGGUAGGAUGGCACGUGGCACGACCACACACACUUGCCUUUACCGAAUCCGCUUUCUCCUGUGCCGCCGCGAUCUCACCCUGAACAUACACACACACACACACACGCACGCAUGUGUGUGUCUGCCUGUCUGUAUAGGUGUCCCUGUGUCCCUGUGUGUGUACCGCCGCGAGUUCCUCCGCCCGCUUCUUCUCCUUGACCAUCUCGUCCAGCUCACGCUGCAACUGCACACACAGACAUUACACACAACACUCAUCCAGAGACGCUCCCAUGUCUAUCUGGCUAUGGUUAGGCUCUGCACGUAUACCUCGUUGAUGCGCCGCUUGAGAUUGGUGACCUCAUGGUGCAGCUGAAGGGUGCCACCGACGCCACACACACACACAUACAUCCCGCCCGUCCACUCGCCCACCGCUGCAACAUACCUGCACGACGGACUCUCCGUGUCUGGGUGUCACCCCACCCCGGCGCGACGAGAAGGACCGGGAGCUGCGAUUCGAUGACGCCACAGACGCCAUGUCCACCGGCACUCCACCGACUGGCGAUCCCGCGCCUUCUGCACAACACAAGAAGAGGCCAAAUCAGCUGGUACUGCUUACGUCUGUGUAUUGUGCGGGGCACUACCUACCGGUUCUGGGUGAGCCGAAUCUGGGGCUGAGUUCAAAGGUGGGUGCGCGAAUCUCCCGGCCGUCGGGGACUUUGUACUCGCCAGGCCCGGGCGUCAAGCCAUCUACGCAGCAACACACACAACACGCCGAUGGAUGGAUGGAUGGAUAGAUCACCACACAGAGAGGCAGUCGGUGUGCCGUGUGUGUGCUAUCUAUUACCUGGUUCCUUGAACCGUCUGUCCCUCGGAAACAUCAUCCUAUGGCUCCAUAUCUACGCGAAACACCUCGUGGAAAG